AUGCAUUCAUCGAUAGUUCCUCCAGGAAAAACUCUCCCAAGGGCCGAUGCACGUAUUCCUAAGCCUCCGAAGCCCCCAGAGAAACCCCUAAUGCCGUAUAUGCGGUACAGUAGGAAGGUGUGGGAAAAAGUGAAAAAUGAAAACCCUCAGCUGAAAUUAUGGGAGGUUGGCCGCAUUAUUGGGCAGAUGUGGCGCGAGUUACCUGAUGAGGAAAAAAAUAUUUACAUUGAAGAAUACGAAGCUGAGAAGCAACGCUACAACGAUACUCUUCGACAAUAUCACAGUUCUCCUGCCUACCAAGCGUGGGUUGUCGCUAAGGAACGAGCCGAAAAGGUAAUUGAGGAGGAAGAGCGACGGAGUGCUGCGCGAGCUCGUGAAAAGCAUGAACCACCGGUUGAUUUACGGGAGUCUUAUAUUCUGGAAGACAAUGAAGAAGAUCCAGAUGAACAGUUCACUGUGAAACACGUGGCGGCGGCUCGUUUCCAACGCAACCAUCGUCUCAUGCACGAAAUUCUUAAUGACACAAAGCUACCCGAUCCUGGCCAGCUAAUCACUGAGACUCGUAUACAAACUCUGCAGAUGCAGGUCAAACAGUUGAAGAGUCACAAAAAGAAUCUGUGCAGUGAAAUCGAGAACUGUGAGUUACGACACCAAGCUAAGAUGCACCGCAUUCAGGACGAAUCAGCUGCGUUUUACACCGAGUAUCGUAAAUUGAUGGCUCAAACUCCUCGGAUCUCAGAGUCCCAGUUCACUGACAUGAUUGUCAAGGCAAAACAGGAUCUGGAUCGUGAGGAAGAGAAGAAGCGUGAGCGCCAGGCUGCAGAAAAUGAAGCUCGUAAACAGCGUGCUCUGAAAAGAGAGGCCGAGAUGGCAGAAGCUGAGAGGCGUCGUCAAGCGCAGCUUCUCCAGCAGCAGCAACAACAAGUACAGACUGCUUCCCAGGUUCCCCACGCGCCUAAUGGACCUUCGAUGGAAGAUCCUGGCUACGCACAAGCGCAGCAGCAGGCCCAGUACAAUCGGAAACCUUACCCUUGUCCUCCCCCACCGGCAUCACAAGCGUAUCCACCCCCACCUCACUAUGCUCCCCCAUCAACACAGCCACCACCAUCCAUGGAGGGAGUGAUGGAGGCAGAGAGAAAUAACAAUGCACUCGUUGAAGAGUCUAUCAAGAAAGAUGUUCCCGCUUCCGAACCGGGCGCAGAAGUGGAUGAUCCCAACUCCAAAAUGGCACAGGAUCAACAACAGUCGAUGGUCCAAAGUUCAUCAACUGUGAUGGGUGGUGGUAGCUCACAGCCACCUCCGAAUUACACGGUGCCACCGAAUCAACAAGCUCCGCAACCCCCACUACCUGAAUAUCAAUACCACCAACAGCAGCAACAGCCACAACAGCAGUCGAUUCCACAACCGCCUCCAAUCCAGGGUCGUUAUCCUCCGAAUUACUAUCCUCAAAGUGGGAGACCUCCUUACUCGAGUUACCCCACUCCGCAGCCUCAACCAGCACCUCCACCGCCGCCACCGAGUUAUCCAGCUUCUCAACCACAGCAGAUGUACCCGUCGUGGCAAGGGCAGUACCAGCAACAAUCGGGGUACCCAGGCGGGGGUAUGGUGCCACCGCAAAGGUAUCCCCCGCCACCACACGGCUACCAGCGCCCGCCUUACUCGGAGGUUCAGGCUCCUCCUGUACCUCCGCCCUACCAGCAACAACAGCAAGCGCCGGUAAUGCACCAUCCUCAUCAGCAGGGCUAUUGGCAGCAGCAGCAGCCUCCGCCACCACAACAAUCCGACAUGUCCCAGCAGCCACCGCCCUCUGGACACUACCCGGUCUCAUCAGCCUCUGCUGACCCGCAAAUGGGAAUGAUUCCUCAGAAUCAGCCACCACUACCUUCGCAACAGGUCGCGGCUCCAUCCGCUGGGUACUAUCAGGGCUAUGGCGGAGCUCCACCGCCGGCCUAUGGGGUUCCGUCCUCCCAAAGCGGGGUCUACUUCAACGGCCCCCCACCACAACAGCAGCAACCGAUGCCACCGGGUGGUGGUUAUGGGCAUCAGCCCUACAUGCAGCCACAACAGCAACAUUGGCCCCAACAAUAUCCACCGGCAGGUUAUCCAUCUUCACAGCCACCACAGAGACCCUCGAUGGCUCCACAGUCCACUCCUCUUUCUCAACCUCAGUCCACCCCGCAGGCACCACAUCCACAACAACCGCCACCACAGCAACAACAGCAACAUUCAAUGGGUGCACCUGCCACUUCGGGGGGUGCUGGUGGCGGUGGUGUGGCAUCGCCAGGGGAUCAGUCGGCCAUGCGAAGGCCCUCGCCUAACCCUCGGCACCCUGCCGCUACCCCAACUCCACCGGCUCCUGACACCUGUAUCGGGUACAGCGAUCACUACGUCGAAUCUAUCUAG